GUGAUAGUGCCUUCUCAUAAGCAAACCAUUCAUUUACAAAAACCUCUCACAUUCAUCUACAAUAAUACCCUUGUCCUAGAGAAAGAGAGAGAGUACAAGGUUAAUGGAUCAAGGAGAGAACCAUCUUCAAUCUAUUGGUGUUUACCAGAGACUUGUGAACUUCAUGGUGAAAAGCUUAACAGCGAUAGCAAGCAGGCCAAUGACUUUGCCAUAUCCCGUGAGACAUUUCUGGCUCAUUUGCCAGAGAUUUUUUAACUUCAUCAUGCUAAGCCUUGCAACACAAGCUCUCAAGCCUGUGACUCUGGGUCAUCCCAUGCCUAUUUCUGAUGCUUCACAGAACGGAACACCUCAUGAAGACGUCCAUUUUGGAGCCAUGGUUGAGUCAGAACAAGCCAUAGCCAUUCAACAACUAGUCCCUCUUACCACCUUCGACUCUAAAAACAAGGAAGUCGAGAAAGAUGGCAAAGAGUUCCCACUAGACCGAGAGAAUGGCGUUGUUAUUGCUUCUUCUACUGCACAAGGAAUAAAUGAUUUGAAUGCAAAUGAAGGUAAGAAGGGUGAAGAUGAAGUAGUGACUGUACCAGCAAUUGCACCACAGACAAAGGCCCCAAAGAAGAUGGUUAGCAUAAAUGACAAUGUGGAGGAAAUAUACCCCAGUAAGAAGAAAAAGACUAAAGCUAUAGAAAAAUUGCCUUCCAUGGAAAGAGAAAAAGAAGAGACAAAGCCUUUGAAGCCAAUUCUAAAGACGGGUUCUAAUGUAAGUGCAAAAUCAGAGAGUAACAAAUAAGAUAGAUUCUUAGUGUCAAACCAGAGGCCAUCUUGGUAGUCUUUGUUGCCAUGGGGGGUGGGGGAUUUAAGAAAUUUGCCUGAUCUGGUUGUUGCUUGUUGCAACCAUGAUAAUAAAAUUGGUUUCUGGGUGUAGUUGGAUCGAACUGAACAAAAAGUAUAUACUAGAUGGUUAUUGGGAUUUGUUGAUUAUGGAGCCGUGCA